AACAGGUCAGCGGCCGUAAGGACCUUUGGCCCCACUGCUGACUGUCCCGUGGGCCCGUUCCAGGCACCAACAGCUCUUGUAGUUCCCCCGAGUUAAGCAACAAAGCCUAUUGUAAGGGGGGGCGGGCAGGGCGCUAACCCUUUCUCUGCCAGUCACUUUCACUUUUAAGUCCAGUUCCUUUUUUCUUUUCCUGUUCAUUAUGGAUUUAGUAAUGCAUACAUACUUCCUACUUCAGGAAAAUAAAUCCCACAGAACCUCAAAUCCGCUAUCAACUAAUACAACGCCGAAAAGCAAAUGCAGCUAACGUGCGCUAUAACCCACCCCAGCACCAUGCGCCAACAGGCAGGCGGUGUUGCGCUGAGGGGAGACUCCUUACAGCAGCUGGAGAGGCCUCGGCAGCCCCCCCAGGCCGUCCCAGGACCAGCCCGCCAGGAGGCCACAAGCAAGCCCUCACGCUGAAGCUCUCUUCCCUGCCCGGCGCGUCCACACCGAUACCCUCGCGUAAGAUGAAACCCGAAAGCUUUACGCGUCCAUCUGUGUAAGCUCAACUGCACGAAGGCGGCCUCGGUCCCAUCGCUGCUGCCGCUGCCUCCUGCCCAGGCCCCAGCACCUUUUGGUGCUGCUGCAGCCAACGCCGAGCCCCUCGGGCCACCCCUCUGAGCCCCCCUCCCCGUGCCUCCCAGCCCGCCUGAAAGGCUCAGACAAAAAGAGCCGGCCUCUUGCGCAGGGACGUGGCUGGCACAGGCCUGAAGGGGAGCCAAGCUCUCCCUGGCCCCCGCCCCCACCCCGUCCAAACACGAUUGGGACUCCACAGACCGGACGGGUGAUUUAAGGAGCCGAGCGCUCAGCCGCGGGCCGGCUGCCUGGCAUGCCCAGAGCCACCUUAAAUGACACUGGCCGCCUUCUGGUUGGUGUCCAAUGGGGACCUCCUGACUCCCCUUGAAAGAGGCAAGCAGUGGGGUGCAAAUGUGGUAGCCGAAGGUCCCAUCUUUGGCCAAACGGAGACGCCUCUUGGCUCAGGAUACGUCCGUUUCUCCGGAAUUUUUCUCCCGUUUCACCUGCUUUUUCCUUUUCUGACAUUCCAAGAUGUUGCUUGUUCUCACGCUUUGGCAAGCUCUUUCCCAAGCUCUGGCUGCAAGUGGGGGUUCCCACUGGACAUACGAAGGCUCUUACGGGCAGGCACACUGGCCGGAGAAAUAUCCGGACUGCGGCAGGCAGGCUCAGUCGCCCCUCGAUAUCCAGACAGACUUGGUCCGGUAUGACCCCUCCCUGCCUCCCGUUGAGCCAGAGGGAUACCGAAACCCUGGGAGCGGCUCAUUGACCCUGACCAAUAAUGGGCACACAGUGCAGCUCUCCCUCCCCGAGGACCUGCGCUUGCACGGCCUGCCCAGCAUCUACUCAGCGGCGCAGCUGCAUUUUCACUGGGGCAGCAGCAAGGACCGUGCUGGAGGGUCUGAGCACCGCGUGGAUGGCCUGGCCUUCCCAGCAGAGCUUCACGUGGUCCAUUUCAACUCAGAGAAGUAUGCCAACCUGAGCGUGGCCAAACACCAACCGGAUGGGCUGGCAGUGCUGGGCAUUUUCCUGGAGGUUGACAGCGUGGAGAAUCCUGCCUACAAUCACAUCUUGGACCAUCUGGACCGCAUCACAUAUGCAGAGCAAGAAGUCGCAGUUGCACCCUUCAGUGUACGAGAGCUGCUCCCAGCGCAUCUGGGUCACUACUACCGCUACAAUGGCUCCCUGACAACCCCGCCUUGCUAUCAGAGCGUGCUGUGGACCGUCUUCCGCCAGCCAGCCCGCAUCUCUGCCGCUCAGCUGGAGAAGCUGCAGAAGUCACUUUAUUCUACAAAGGAUGGGAAGACACCCUCAGAACUGCUGGUCGGUAACUUCCGGGUGCCACAGUUCCUGAACCAGCGUGUGGUCUUCUCCUCGUUCCCUGUGGGGCCAUCUGGAUAUUCUGCAGGUGAAAUCAUUGCCAUAAUUAUUGUGGUGCUCUUGGGCUGCCUCGGUGUCUUCCUUGCUGGCUGGAUUUUGGCAAAGAGAACGCGGUGAGGAGCAGGUGGACGUGGGAGGCCAACCCGUUUCCUGCCUAAUCGCACUGCAGUGCCAAAAUGAGGGAAGCUCCCACACAUUUUGUCCAGGAGGGGCAAGGAAUUCGAAUGAUCUUCCCCCCCCCCCGCCCCGCAAUGCUGCUAUAUGGGUUGGUGAGAAUGUAAAAACCUAGGAAAAUUUCACUGGAAAAAGACCACAAUAGAUACUAUUAAACUUUCUCCUGCCCAAA